AUGACGAUUUUAAUAUAUAUCGCGUUUACAAUUGUGUCGAUAAGCUCGAUGUUUCCGAAUAACGCGUUUAUGAACGCGCACGAGUAUUUUUAUUAUAAACUGCGAAAUGUGACGAAUGAUGGCGAUCCGGUGAACGCGACGAAUCGGUAUUUUAUCAAAGAGUUGUUCGAGGAGACGCCAACCGAGCUGCAGGCCAACUUCGAGGCGUAUUUGACGGUCUAUGGCGGCCUCGCUUGUGUCAUCGGAUCGAUUAUUAACGUGUUUGGAACGAAAUCGUUUUCCAACUCGGCUCGCGUGAUUUGGGGUCAUGCGCUAGUUGUAAUCGUUUUUAUCCCAACAAUUGCCCUAACAUUGUUCGAUUCGGAUUCAUACCAGCAGCUUUUCUUCCAAGUCACCAUGAUACUCAUCUCGAUUGCCUGCUUUGGAUCGCUCGGAUUGAUCGCCGGCGGCGUUCUGGGGCUCUCGUCGACGUUUCCAGCGAAAUAUACGCAGGCUGUAAUGGUGGGCCAAUCGCUGGCCGGAGUCCUGGCGACAGCAAUCAGCAUUGUGUGUCAGGCGGUCACACCGAAUGUGAUCCUCAACGGACAAUUAUAUUUUGCGUUCAGUUUGAUAAUGACGAUUAUUAGCAUUGGAGCAUACUUGUACCUUAAUCAUAUCGCACCACCUCAAGAGGAAAUUGAAGCGGAACGACAAGGACUUCUGAAUGAUGACGAUGAUGAGAUUGUGAUUGAAUCGCAGGUUACCAACUUCCCGCCGAUUGAUGAGCCGACGGCGGCCAUUGAAAUCACAUUUCCGCUUCAGGAGACCGUUUGGACGACUAUUUCGAAUGUGUUCGCAACGUCUUGGAUGGAUUUGCUGACGGUCUCGAUGACCCUUUUGGUCACUUUGGCUGUGUAUCCCGGAAUGACGAGUUUGGUUCGAAGUACGACGAGGAAUCCGACGUGGAAUGCCUACUUCUCCUCGGUUGUCUCAUUCCUCCUCUACAACGUGAUUGACCUUAUUGGGCGAUCGUCAGCCAAUUCCGUUCGAUUGAAAAGUCGCUAUCUUUUAAUAUUGUCGCUUGUCCGAAUCGCGUUGAUUCCGCUCAUCGCGAUGUGCAAUAUCUCGCCGCGAAAAUACACGCCGUCAUUGAUACCGUACGAUGGGAUAUAUGUGAUGCUCAUCAUCAUUCUUGGUGCUUCUCACGGAUUUUGCAUCACGAAUGCAACAAUUGGCGUCUCGUUAAGUGUUGCGCCGGAGUACCGCGAGCUCGCCGGCAGCAUCACAGCGCUGACGGGAGUGACGGCAGCGAUGUUCGGCGGAAUUGUCGGCGUGCUGGUGCUGAAAAGCUUGUAA